AUGGCGUGUCCUGAGCGGGACAGCGAAAGUGUCGUUGCAGCCGUCCAUGCUAAUUUCUGCGUGUCGCAGCAGCUGAUAUCUCGAAAUCUACGUCCAUUCUGCAACAUCUGCUCUUCUAGGGAAGAUGUUGCCGAACUCCUCGAGCAAGAUGGUGAUUUCCUACUGAGAAAGGAACUAAUAAAUGAUGGUCUGCUGAUAGCGGCCAUAUCCGUUCGAUGUGCUGACGAAGUGAAGCACUUCAUGAUCAAUCAGUCGCCACAGGGCGACUUCUACGUCGAGCGAAUUCGUGCUAGAACCAUCGAGGAACUCAUUACAGAAACAUUUAGCCUCGGCAAGCAUCAUAGUGUAGAGGAAUUCAUCGGAGAGCUAGUUCAGAAUAACAUUACUCGCCCAGUAUUUCUGAAAACAAUAGGAAUAUCCUGCAGUCGAGAAGCUCGUCUCCUACGAUCACUUUGCCACGAAAAUGUCGGCGAAACCUACGGCAUCGCAUUGCACUACAGCCCUAUUAUUCUCGUUUUGGAGUACUUUAACACAUCGUUGUUUACCCACCUCCGCCGAAACGCUGGACGUAUUUCUCCGCGAGAGAAGCGACGAUUUGUGUGUGAAGCGGCAGCUGGCCUAUCCUACUUGGCUCAACUGAACUACAUUCAUCGAGAUAUUCGCGGCUCGAAAUUGCAAACUUAA